AUGUCACGCCUAGGUGGAUUCGACACGGCCAGGGGACCAAAAGGAACCCUUCCUGGUGGUAUCUUCGCGCCUUUACCGGGUGAUCAGCACAACGAGCGGACAACGGUGGCAGCGAGAUCGUCUCUCAAAUUCCAGAACGCGACAAGGCCCUCCCCAGCUUCCAAUACCCAGAAUUCCAGUCGGGAACUUAAUAGUUUCGAUGAUAUGGUGUCAUCUCGUCCUGUUCCCUUGACUGCGUUGAGUAUGAGAACGAACUCUAGAAACAAAGGCUCUAAAAACUGGAAACCUUUUCCGCUGGACGACGGUAGAGAUGACUACAUGGGAUAUACGGAGAAUAGCUUGACAUUUCCUGGUGUUUCCAGGCCUAAAAUUCGCUCUGGCCUCUCUCUAGACUACAAUGAAAGUGAAAUGGGUGGCAUGUCAGUAUCAAACGGCAGACUCCCACAUCACGAAGUACAAGAGCAAUGUCCAAGUGUCAAUCCUGGUGUCAAGGAUGAGACGAAGAGGCGUCUGUGGUCUAGGGAUGUGGAUGCUCAGAUCCAGCAGAACCCGCUGAGCUAUUCCGCUGGUUUUGAUGCCCCUUACCAAACUGGUUUGCAUCAACAGUCUAGGUCGCCAAGCCGUCUAGACCGUCCAGGUUAUCGUGCGUGGCCCACAGGAGCUGAUGGAGGUUUAACUGUUGGUCGAGUCCAACGUGAUCAUUCUUUCAUUGCAGACAAUCACGUCGCUCCUGAACUGCCCUACCGUUCUCAUGAAACGGGUCCCUAUGCUGCCAACCCAUAUUAUGGCCAAAUGCCACAGCACUAUCACUACCAUACGAUGGAUAUCCAGUAUGGUCCAUCUUUCCAGUACGGUCUAGGAGAGCCUGUGUACGGACAAUUGGCCGGUUACAGUCCCAAUUUGUCGAGCAAUACUUACUCAAAGCCUGCCAAAGGAGUCUUGGGCCGUACUACUCCCUUUGUCUCACAUGAGCCUCCUUCUCAGACGAUGACGCCUGCUGCAUCUCAUCAUAGUUCCCAUAACACUGCCAGUAGUUCCACCUCAGCUGCGGCAAAGUCUUCCAGUUCUGAUGCUCGUUCAGUUGAAGCUGAGGAGGCCCAAAAAGCCGAAGUAGCGAGACAGAAGGAAGUGGAAAGGAAAAAGAAAGCUCUGAGGGAUGCGGUGCUAGCGAAGAUAGAGGCAGACGAAGAAAUACAAAGGGAGAGAAUUCAAGGUCAAAUUUUGGAACAGCAACGACAGCAGUUUGCCAAACAAGAGCAAAAUCCCGAGCCUUCAUCACAGCAAGAGGCACCUGUUACAUCGUCUCAUCUUUCGUCUAAUUCUGCAAACGAGUUGGCCUCCAACAUAGAGCCUCCUAGUUCUGGUAGUUCUUUGGACAAAACUGAACAAGUGAAAGAGAAAGAAGGAGCCCAGAGGAAUUUGUCAUUGAAAGAUACGGGCCCAGCAAAGCUCAACCACAAUGGGCAAGAACUCAGGCAGAAGUCCGAGAAGAAACUGGAUUAUGGAACACGGCCGAUAAGGCCCAAAUUCAACAAUGAUACUGAAGAGUCAACCAAGGGUUCUUUAAAUACUAGGCACGCUGGUCACUCUCUUAGGCCACCCAAAACUAAUUUCGCCGAGUCAACUUGGCAUCAAUUUCAUCAGCAGCUUGGUAUUGGAAGACAUUCGUGGGGAAAGUUAGGACUUGAACCUCCAGUCGUAUCCCAAUCCACUUCUACAGCCACUAGAAGGACACUGAGGACCCCCCCGGGACUCUCAAAGCCAACCCACUUAAAUCACGCAGCAUGGUCGCAAAUCUUGGCGGACGAUACGCUUGGAAAUCCAAGAUUGAAAGAAGCGAAUGACUGGUUCCACAUGGACGGCCGCAAGGAUGAGCAGCUUCGACAGCAGAUCGCGACCAUAGCGGAUGAAUAUGCCGACAAGUGUGAGAAACUCGGGGGUGCGAAUUACUCAAAGGAGGAUAAAGAGAUUUCAAGACAGAUGACAUUACUUCUAGGAAAUGUCAUUGCUAAUCUGAAGUCAUACAUCAUUGAUGACGGCGACGGAUACGACGGGCAACACGAUUACUUUACAAAUCCUCGUCACCAACGUUUUCGCGAAGACUCAGCGAGUGGCAAUUAUUAG